CUUUGUUCGAGCUCUGCAUAUACAGAUGUCAUCGGAGAUAUUAGCCACUUGUGGCGCUCGUCGGUGUUGCGUUUCAUUCAUAAAUUCAGACUGUAGUAGGCGUGUAUCGAUCAUAGAUUUUUGACCAUUCAUAUUCAUGGAUGGUAAUAUAAAAGAAUUCAAGACUUCAUUGCUAAUGUUUUAGAAAUCAGUUGAAUCAUGAAUUUUCACCUAGAUAAGAUUGAAUGUGUUUUUAUUUUAUUGAACAUUUUAAUGGUUCAUAUAACAAGUGCAAAUAUAUCAUCAUCGUAUAAGUUAAAAAAUAUUAUUUUGCCGCCUUACAUUGGGAAAUUGCAAGAUGGAUUGGACAGUAAAAUACUUGCACUUAGAAAGCAAAUUCUGCUUAUAAGAAGUAGAAACAAACAAAAUUACGAACACGCAGACGAAAACAAACAAAUAGUUGAUAAGAAAACGCAAGGCUCGCUUUUGGAAUACCGGCCGUACGUUCACGUACAGAUAGACGGCAGGACCGACGUCUCUGACGGCCCAUUGAUUCGGACUGACGUAGCGCUGUUCCCCGACAUGACACUGUAUGACGCCAUUGCUGAGGCUAGUGUUCGGUUUGGAGUGGAACACCCGUGUGUACAGAAUCCCUACCGGAUGGAGGUGGCUAGUGCUAGUAGUAACUGUUAUACGGUCAUUAAUGUCCCCGGCGUCGUCUCCAACACCAGUAGCAGAUGGAUUAUUAAAAUAGUUCGCAGGAGGGGAAGGAUAAUUUAUGAAGACGAAUGUUUGCCGAGUGGCCGGAUAUCAAUGAGAGGAGGAACGACUGUGACCUUCAAGAAGACUAACUAAAUCCAAGAGUGUUCGAAGAAGAUUGCUCCAGACAGAUGUGUUGCUUUAUUAAAUUAUACUCAUAUUGUUUCUGUGGAUUUUUUUGUUCGAUGACACUAUCUUUAAAAUAAGCAGAAACCGAUCAUUGAUCGUAGGUCACUACAGCAAGAAAGUCAAAUUACUUGCAAUUGACCUAUAUUAUGGGUUUAGUUUUAAGUUGUGCAUAUCCAGUGACCGAUAAAAAUCGGAAAUUUUGACAUGCUUACAUCAUUUAUCUUUAAAUUUAUUUUUAAAAAAAGAAACUCGCUGGCGCCAAAGCAUGCCAUGACAUACAUUUGAUUUGUGAAAACCCGUGAUUCUAUUUCAUUGUUUUAAAACACGCUCAUGUAACGUAUAUAGAUCCAUCAGAAAUACAAGAUACUAGUACCUAAAACUUAUCUUAAUUUUAAUAUUCUUACUUAUACUGAACACUAACCCACUUUUACAUUAGCUAAUCAAAAGCUAUCUCUUUUUGUUUGUCGAUUGAAUACAUGGAUACUUUAAGGAUUGAAAGAAUUUCUUUAUCGAUAUUAUAGAGGUUGCUGAAUGAAUUAGAGAAAAAGUAAGAUAUUUUCUGAUUAAAUCACAUACUUAGAUUCGUUCACCUAAAAUGGCUAGACUAAGUCUGGUG